AUGAAUUACAAUUUACAACAGGCGUUUAAUGGGAAGAAGUGGGAGAAGUUCAACAGUGAAAAGGUGGCAUCCCUUGCAUACGCUCGCAUACAGGGAAAAGCUGCACUGAUUGCCCACUUUCAGAAUUCAAGUUUGAUGAAUGAAGAUAAACGCUGUCGCCCAAUCCUUUUCCACACUGAAGGUCCAAAUGCAGGGGAUCAGGUGCCUUUUCCGAUGGGUGUGAAUGUUCGAUCUCGAGUCAACAAAAGCAGAAACAGCAGCACAAAUGAGGAUGCGGGAAAUGCCUAGCCAAAUUACAAGGCUAACAUGGAGAAAAUCAGGAGGUUAAGUCCUGUCUUGGGAAGUGUUUCGCUAUGAAGGACCUCGGAGAAGCUGCUUACAUUCUAUGGAUAAGGAUAUUGAGAAACAGGAGUAAAAGACUAAUAAGACAUAGUCAAACUACCUACUUGGACAAGGUGUUGAAACGUUUCAACAUGCAGGAUUCCAAGAGAGGAGAAUUACCUAUCCAAAGCAAUGCCAGACUGAGUAAGACUCAAAGUCCGAGUAGUGAUGCGGAAAUAGUAGAAAUGAGUCGAGUACCAUAUGCUCCUGCUGUUGGCUUGAUCAUGUAUGCUAUGACAUGUACUCGCCCUGAUGUAGCCUUUGCAUUGAGCAUGGUUAGCAGAUAUCAAGGGAAUCCUGGUAAAGCUCACUGGACUGCGGUAAAGAACAUUCUUAAGUACUUGCGAAGGACUAAGGACCAGAUCCUUACCCUCGGUGGGAGUGAUGACUUAAGAGUGGUAGGGUAUAGUGAUGCCAGCUUUCAGACCGACAGAGAUAAUUUCCGCUCUCAGUCGGGCUGGAUAUUUACCCUAAAUAGAGGAGCAAUAACUUGGAAAAGUUCCAAACAGGAUACUGUAGCUGAUUCAACGUGCGAAUCAGAGUAUAUAGCAGCGAGUGAAGCAUCGAAGGAGGCGAUAUGGCUAAAGAACUUCAUCGGAGAACUUGGAGUUGUACCAGCUAUAAAGGAGCCCAUGGAGAUUUUCUGUGAUAGCGAUAGUGCAGUUGCCUUAUCCAAGGAACCAAGAGAUCAUAGCAGAUAAAGACACAUCAACAUAAAAUAUCACUUCAUAAGACAUCAAGUACAAGAGGGACUCCUCGUGGUUAAGAGGGUAUCGUCAGAAGAGAAUCCAACAGAUCCCCUUACGAAGGGACUGAGUAGGGUUAAGCACUUGCGUCAUGCUAGUAGUGUCGGGCUGAAGGACGAUAUUAGUUUUUAGUGAUUAGAUAGAAUUUUAGAAACUUGUAAUAGUCAAAAUGUAAUUGACAUUUGAUGAUUGAAUAAAAG